CCACAACAAAACUAGAACUUGCUGAGUGCCGUGCAUACGAAAAAAAUCCAAAAGAAUACAGGAUGGGCCGCGACCUUUACAAGGACGAAACUUUAGCUAUUCCUAAGGGAGUUAGCGUCGAUAUUAAAGCUCGCGCAGUUACUGUGACUGGUCCUCGCGGUGUUUUGAAACAGAGCUUGCGCCAUAUUGACUUAGAGAUCAAGAAGCAAGGUAAUGUUAUCAAAUUUAUUGUCUGGCACGGUUCUCGUUUGCACAAUGCUUGCCUCCGUACCGUUCAUUCCAUCAUCAAUAACAUGAUCGUUGGUGUUACACAAGGCUUCCGCUACAAGAUGCGUCUUGUUUACGCACACUUUCCCAUCAACAUCAACUUGUCCGAAAACGGUGGUGUUGUUGAGAUCCGUAACUUCUUGGGUGAACGUAUUACUCGUGUCAUCAAGUGUUUGCCCGGUGUUACCGUUUCCAUGUCCGCUAACGUCAAGGAUGAAUUGAUCAUCGAGGGCAACUCUUUGGAAAAUGUCUCACAAUCUGCUGCCAACAUCAAGCAAAUCUGCAAUGUCCGUAACAAGGAUAUUCGUAAGUUCUUGGAUGGUAUCUAUGUCUCUGAGCGCGGCAACAUUACCGAGUUGGAAUAA